UCUCAAUGUGUUUUUGAGCCAGUCUUUAAGGAGUUGUAAUAAAUUCAUUGUCCUGGGUGCUUUCUCCUCACAGAUACCUAUGAACAGUACAAACAGAAGCUGGCAGAACUCAAACAGCUCCAAGAAAAAAUGGGAGGUAGUGAUCUUGGUGAAGAGCUGGACGAAAUGGAUGUACUCAGAUGUGCGCAGAUGUCUGAGAUGUGUGAAUCAUUGGUACACUCACUGCAGAUCAUUGAGAAUCCUCAAAUGAGGUAUCUUCUGGCUACUGUGUCGCCGAAAAUGACCAGACAGGGACCACGUGGUAACAGACCUGAAGGCGAUGAACCUGUCACUUAUAUUGUUGCUCCAAAGCUACGAGCUGGCAUGCUCAAGACUUUUCAAGACAACACAGUGGUUGAACAUUUGCCUUGCUUGGGAAAAGCGCUGCGUACCUAUUAUAAUGGAGAUACUAUUGUUGUUUACCCUGGAAGGUAUAACCUUGAUGGUCGUGUCUACCAACUUGCAGAUUCUGUUCAUAUUACUGGAAUGGGAAACUUUUCUGAAAUUGUUGGUAAGGAGUUGUUAAAAGGAGCUAUGCCAUAAAAAAAU